CUUGACAGGAACCGACAGGAUGGGUGGGAUUUACAUGACGGCGAGCAAUUAGACACAACUUCCUUUCCCGGCGAACGCGACCGUGCGCCGACAUGACGCGGGCGGGUGCGAACACGGCGUUUAGUCGGGUUAUCCCCGCCCGAAUCUACCGCGGCAGGAGCGAGCCUGCUGGUCAAUCUUGAUGUUACGCGCAUUCUGGCAGGACCAAGAGCUCGUUCUUUCCCGACCUCUGUUAGAAAAGAAUUGCACAGAAGAUGGCGACUCCCAAUCCUCUCGCCGACUCAUCGUCGGACCCUACACCCGUUUCGUCGAAGACAUACACAAUCGCUGGCGUACACACAACAGUCUACGGACUGGACGAACUAGCAUCAUCAGCAAAGGAAGUCGCAGUACUAUGGCUGCUUCACCCUCGACUCCAGGUCCAAUCGAUCAUGGCACCAAUUGCCGCUGCUUCGAUCCAUGAUUGGAACGGCCGAUCCGCAUCAAAGUCAAAGGGCUUGUUCGCUGUCUCGUUCGACCAGCGCAACCACGGCACACGAGAGGUCAAUCCUCUAGCCAAUGAGAGCUGGAAGAAGAACAAUCCCACACAUGCUCAGGAUAUGUUCUCCAUCUUCCACGGCACAGCUCAAGACACUUCCAUGUUAAUCGACUUCCUUUCCUCGUACGUCUUCCCUGACUCGUCGCGAACCAUCAUAAAACAUCUCGUUCUCGGCAUCUCACUCGGCGGUCACUCAACAUGGCAAUGCAUCCUCCACGAUCCUCGCAUCACCACUGCCGUCGUAGUCAUCGGCUGCCCAGACUACAAGUUCCUCAUGGCCGACCGCGCGAAGAAGUCCAAGCUCUCCACAUGGACAUCGUCCGAAGGUAAGGACUUCCUUGGCUCGACAGACUAUCCCAAGGGCUUGUGCGAUGCCACGGACAAGUGGGAUCCCAAGUCUUUCUUGGUGGGAGACAAACUCCAGCCCACCGAAGACCAGAAGAAGACACUGCGACCAUUACUCAAGGAAAAGCUGGGAGGUAAGCACAUCAUGUGUCUCUCGGGUGGAAAGGACAAGCUCGUGCCCUAUACUUGCAGUGCGCCAUUCCUUGACUGGUUGAAGACUGGUCUCGACAAAGAGGGUGGCUGGUUCAACGACCAAGGCAUUGUCCUUGAGGAUAUUGUUGAUGAGACUGCGGGUCAUGAGUACAGCGCAAAGAUGAAGGUCGAAGCUGUUCGAUUCAUCUCGGAGAACCUCGCUGGCGAGGGCAGUCUGAAGGCUGGUACUAGAACCUCCAAGAUUUGAAAUCAACAUGCAGCACAUAUCUGUAUAUACUAAUGCCUAUUAUGAUUUGCAAAUCCUCUAGACUGGGAAUGCCGUUCAAUAUUUGCACUUGAACACGACAAUCUCGAUGGUGAAUCUUCCUCAGACAUUAACGGCUGCAAUGCGAUGUUUCGCGACCGGCAUCUUCUGAGGGUGGCCGAAGCAGCUCCGAAAGAUACUCGUGGAUGAGUCAAAGCAUUACACGGAAACAGGAGAUGGUUUCGGUACUUGACCGAGCAGACGUUGGCACGAGAGACAGCCUCGGCCAUGAACGUGCCAGGGUCGGCAAUCUGCUUAGAAAACAGCGACAUCUUCACAAAGAACGGCCACACUGCGCAAGUCUCAAUGCACCGAUGUUCCAAGAAUAUCUCCUCCGAUUGCUCUCUUGAGCAGACCAUGUUCUGCCGGCACGAGAGCGACAUCUAGAAGUCUUCGCACAUGAGUAUCGC